UGAGAGUGGAAACCGGAAAAGGAGUUAGCCAAUGUUGAAGUAUUAUUUGUGAGGAAAAUGACAAAAAAGCCCAUCCCUUCAACACCAAAGUGGUCCUAUUCCAUUAAUACAAUUGAUACCCAAUUCUUAUCCUUCACUACCCCUCUCACUUUUCCUCUGCUUAUUCCACACACCCUCUUCUCUCUUUCCCUUCUCUUUCACCUCUCCAAAAACCCAUCAACCAACAACUCUCAGGUACAACAAUUAAAGCAACAGGUACAACCAUGUCAUCAUCAAAAGCAUGGAGCAAAGAAGAAGAUAAGGCAUUCGAGAAUGCCAUUGCCAACCACUGGACUCACGAUUCCAAAGAACAAUGGGAUACAAUUGCUUCACUUAUCCCCACCAAAACCAUUCCAGAGUUGAAACAACACUAUCGAUUACUCGUUGAAGAUGUUGAUGACAUUGAAGCCGGAGUGAUUCCAAUUCCGAAGUACCUCGGAGAGGAAUCCUCUUCCUCUUCCACCAAGGAAAACAACCACCACGGGGGGUCGACUUCCAAUCGUCGUUCCUCUUGCAAUUACACCAACGGGUUUUCCGGGUUCGGUCAUGAUUCCAAUUCCGCCGGACAAAGCAGCGGAAAAGCAAAUUCCAGGGCAGAACAAGAACGUCGGAAAGGAAUUCCAUGGACCGAAGAAGAGCAUAGGUUAUUUUUAUUGGGAUUGGACAAAUUUGGGAAAGGAGAUUGGAGAAGUAUUUCAAGAAACUAUGUGAUAUCAAGAACACCAACACAAGUAGCAAGUCAUGCACAAAAAUACUUCAUAAGAUUAAACUCCAUGAAUAGAGACAGAAGGCGAACGAGCAUUCACGACAUCACAAGUGUCAACAAUGGUGACGUGUCAUCAUCGCAUCAAAUCCCAAUCACGGGAAGCACCAACCCGUCUAGCGGCCCAUCCGUUGGAGCACCCAUGAAACACAGACCGCACCACCCAGUGCCGCCAGGGAUGGGGAUGUACGGGGCACCAAUGGGCCACCCUGUCGCCGCCGCUCCCGGCCAUAUGCCGUCGGGCAGUUGGAACUCCGGUGAUGAUGCCGCACAGCCACCACCACCACCCGCCAUAUGUUAUGCCGGUUGCGUACCCGAUGGCUCCACCUCCGGCUAUGCAUCAAUAGGAUUGAAAUCCGGCGAGAGGGGGGACAGGGGAGAUAUAGAAAAGCAAUCUAAUGGUGGUUUCUCUUCCAACUUUCUGAGGUCCAAAAUGUGA